AUGAACUCGGCGAAACAGUCGUCGAGCCAGACCUCAUUGUUCCAGGUCUAUCUCCGGCUGCGGCCUCCCAUUACAAAAGAAGAAGCUGCACAUGCUCAUCGUGGCGAGCGGUAUCUGAAUGUUGAACCAGCUGAAGCUACAGAAGAUCAGGAUGGAUCGCACGCCCAACCCCCGCGUCCUACGCAUAUCACCUUGCAGCCGCCGAACGAUUCACGGAAGCGCGCAGUCGAGAAAUUUGCUUUCACCAAAGUCUUUGAGGAGGAUUCAAAGCAGCUCGAGAUCUUUGAAAGUACAGGAAUGCCUGCCCUAAUUCAAGGCGUUCUGAAAGAAGGCCGGGAUGGUUUGGUCGCGACGCUGGGCGUGACUGGUAGUGGAAAGAGUCAUACUAUCUUGGGCUCUAAAAAUCAACGUGGGCUAACACAAAUGUCCCUUGACGUCCUCUUCCGCUCUCUGUCCGAUACCGUACGAUCCGCAGACAAUUUCGAAGACCCUACUCUACUCCCAUCUCUAAGCGCAGCAGACUCAUCUGAAGCUCAAUUAUUCUCUGCUCGCAAUUUUAUAGACAGCAUAUAUGGUGACCCUAACGAGCGCGGACGCGCUUCCAGGGCUCAGACUCCCAUGUCCAGAGCCCAAACUCCAAUGCUCGAUUCUGGUUCGACACCCCUGAUACCCCGCCGCCAUUUGAAUCAGCGCUUGAGUGCUAUACCAACCCUUCCCGCUGUAACGCAUUUGGCCACACCCGUUAAUCCACAGUCUGAGCACGUGGUUGUUGUAUCCAUGUAUGAAGUUUAUAACGACCGUAUAUUCGAUCUUCUCUCGCCAUCACUGGUUCCCGGUCCCGGUGGAGUCAUGACACGGCAGGGAGGGAACAGCCAGAAGGAUCGGCGAAGACCUUUGCUAUUCAAAUCUACAGAAGGCUCACCAGACCGCAAAGUAGUUGCCGGUUUACGAAAAGUUGUGUGCAGCACUUAUGAAGAAGCCAUGAUGGUUUUAGAAACUGGACUUAACGAACGUCGUAUUGCCGGAACAGGAAGUAAUAACGUUAGCUCUCGAAGCCAUGGAUUUUUCUGUCUCGAAGUGAAAAGGAAAGUCAGAGGCCGUCGAUUUGGGGAGGUGACGUGGACUGGGAAUACCUUGACUGUUGUUGAUCUCGCUGGUUCGGAGAGAGCUCGCAAUGCUAAGACCGCCGGUGCGACGUUGGCCGAGGCCGGAAAGAUUAAUGAAAGUUUGAUGUAUCUUGGCCAGUGUUUACAGAUGCAAAGUGCCUUCUCUGAGGGAAAUAGGCUUACGGAGUUGCUUUUCUCAAACUCUUUCCCGUCUUCUAACUCCACGACUCACAACCGCCAUCCUCAAAAAGCAAUUAUGAUUGCAACUGCUGAUCCAUUAGGAGAUUUUAAUGCCACGUCUCAAAUUUUGCGAUACUCUGCUCUGGCUCGGGAGGUUACCGUUCCUCGGAUACCAUCUGUCACAAGCACGAUUUUCUCUGGUACAAGCUCAACACAAAGUCGUCCUCCAACAGCAAAUGGUCGUACCACACCUUAUGCAGCUUCCACAGAAGAUCUUCAGGAAGCUGCAAGGGAAAUAGUGAGAAUUACAGACGAUUACGAGUCUCUAAUUGUCAAGCUAGCGGAGGAAGAGAUUGCUCGCCAAGAGUUAGAACUGAAACUUCGAGCAUCUGAGGAAAAAUGCCUCAUGAUCGAACAAGACGUGCGCGAGGAAUGUUGGGCCGAAAUGGAUGAGAAAAUGGAAGAAGAACGAAAACGAUGGCAAGAGGCCAUGGAUCGACAGGCUGGCCGGCAUGAAGAGCACCUUGACAAUAAAUUGGAGCUUGCCUCUCGCGGUAUAACAAUCUAUGAAGACCCCGAGCCAACAGCCGAUGAACGGGUUAAAGAGCUGGAACGUGAGAAUGACCUUCUUCGAAGCAAAUUAGCCGCUCUAGAACGUCAACUCAAUGUCCAGUCUUCUCCUACUCGCAAAGCCAGAUCUCGCACCACUGCCAUUCGUGACAGUGACAUGGACAUGGACAACAGUAUCCUCAGUAGCGAUAGCAGCGACCUCGAAAACAUGUUUCAGAGAGUGAACGCCUUCAAAGUUGCCGAAACUUACAAAUCUCCAUCAAAACCCAAGCCCGUUACGACUUCUGCUGCAAGUGCCAAGAAACCGCGAAGAGUGACAGCAAGAAAGAGAGAUUUGGGUCCCGAGGAGGAUUUAUAA